CAGGCGGCUGGGACGGCCUGAUCGAGGGUGCAGAAGCAAAACGUCCGAUAUCUGGCGGGGCGCGUUCCCAUUUGUUUUCCUGGGAUAUUAUAAUCCCAAGCUUAAUCAAUAAUUUCGCCUCCUAGCCCGCCCGCCUUUUCUUAUCCCUGCGACACUCGCUCGUGUUUUUCUUCUUCUUUGCUCAUCGUGCUGUCCCAACAGCUCAGCUCUUUUGCGACGGGUCGCGGGAGAAAAAGAAACCGCAGGAACGAAAAAGAGAGAGAAAAAAACCCCUCCGAAAUUUGCAUGUGCGUGCCACCGGGACAAAACCAGGCGAAAAAAAAAACCCAAACCCCUACCAAGUUUGCCCACAGACAAGGACAAAUCCUGCGGCCAGCCUGCACGACCCGACAGCGAUUGCGACACAAUACUGGAGAAGAACACCCUGGAGGGAAUCCCGGCGCGCGAACCUGCGAGAGCAGCGCCAUCAAGAGCAGCGGCAUCAUACAGGUGGGCCAGGCUCGGACACCACAUCCGACGGGAGCGAAGUCAGCGUCAGCAGCGAAAAGAGAAAAAAUAAACCCACAGCCCAAUAGCGGAUCGGCUUGCUGCGACCUUGCGCACGCGCGCCGCGCACGCCAGAAGCGACCCAGGAGGGGACCACCAAGCCCACACCCCAAUAUAGUCGACCCCAGCACGCAGGAUACCCAGGAAUAUAGGACGAACCCAAAGACUCGACCUAUUUCCGCCUAACGCACACCCGUCAAGCCCAGGCCAAGUCCUCUCGUCAGCACAACACAGCAGGACAGCCACGUCGGUUCUGCAUAGGUUGAUUCCAUCUUGCUUCCCUCUCUGGUUCAACCCCUCCCACUCCUGCGGAGGGAACAGAGGAAGAAAAAGACGGAGCACUGGGGAGAGAGAGGGAGAGUGUGCAAAUUUUGUGAAAACCUUGGCACAGCUUGCAAGGCGCCCCCGGGGCAUCUCGCGUUGUAAGAGGAGGGACUGACGGCUGCGCCCGGCCACAUUCUGGAGGACUCCGGAUCAAGACCCGCGCAUAGGCACAAGGCAGCAUCACCCUUGAUGCCUCUAGCGGUCUGUCAUAAUCGGCCGUCACGGUCCUGAGGCGUAAUCGGGGUUCAUGUCGACCACCAUGUCGACGGAAGAGACCGGCGAUGUGCCGAAUGAUUUUGUGUCGAUAUUCCGCCGACACCAGGAACAGGUCGAUCACAAACGUAAUGCCGAGCAAAAAGACUUGAACGACCGGGAAGCGAGGGAGAGGGCGCCGUUCGUGGCCAGGGAGGCUGAGCUUCUGCACGAGCUCAACUCGCUCCAGUCCCGUAUGCGCGAGGUUUCGACCUUGAGGUUGCAAAAUGAGGCCCGAGCGAAGGAGAUCGAGAGGAAUUACGACGCCAUGCGCCGCGAGAUGAGGAAGACGUGGGAUUUCGAGGACAAACAGAGGAAGGAGGUAUGGGAGGCUACCAUGGCCGCCGCCGAGGCGAACGCUGCCGGUGAGGAUAGUGGCGGCGUCGCAAAGGGGGCGAAUGGGAUCGGAAACGCUGCCGACCAUGUUUCAAGGAGUGGGACCGCCGAUGUCGCACCGGUGGGCGAUGCCAUGGACAUAGAUGUGCCUGUCCGUACGAGGCCGGAGCCGGCUUCUGCACCUGAGCAAGGCAUGGAUGGAACAAGCCAGGCCCAGAGUGCCGGAGCCAGCCACGGGACUGCUGCCCCGAAUCCAGCAUCCCAGCUCCCGACCAUACUGAAUGCCGAGGCUCCAGUUGAGGAGACCGAGGAGGUAUCGACGGGCGGAUUCACAGCGGUUAACGCAUCGGCACCGAGGAAACCCAACAGGUCGGCAUCAGACGCCGGGAACGAGGAGAUGAACGGCAUCUCCAAGGACAAGCCGCCUCGCCGGUCCCUGCCGGAUGGGAAGCUGUCGGCACCCGCCAGGGAGACCCCGUUCAGGCGGUUCGCUAAAUCGCCAUCGGGCUCCGACGCCGGCACACCCCGCGCGGAAGAGUCCGAAACAGGGGCCGGCCAGGUCGACGCCGACGACCCGGGACUUCCCGAGAUCACGCGCAGCAUACUGGCGCUCCAGCACAACGGUGAGGUGUACACGGCACCCGAGCUCAUGGUGGGGGUGCCGAUUCGUAAGAUCGACGAGAACGACCCCUACUGGGAUCCCAAGUGGACGCCUCUCGUGCCCAAGAUUGAGGAGAGCCUGGCGGUCUGGGAGAGCAAGUACGAGGCGCACGCCCUCGCCGCUGCGAAGCAGGCCGAGGGCGAACGGUCAAAGAAGCACGCGCAGUUCCUCGCCAACAGGCAGGUAAACCGCGGCCGCGCCAUCCUCGAGUUCCUGGGCGCGCGCGGGAGCUCGGAGCGCUUCGGCGAGAUCAAUCCGUACCAGCUUGUGGCAAAACAGUUCAUCAACGCCGCCUAUAUCAACUACGAUACCAUCCACCGGCUUGUGGCCACGCUGGCCGAGCUCAAAAAGUUCAGCCUCGACGUCAGCCCCCUAGACUGGGUGCGCCAGCGCCUCCACGAGAUCCAGUCGGAGAACCCGCUCGGCUUCCAGCUGUCCAAGGUGGUCGGGGAGCUGUACCAUGACCCCAAGCUGCAGUUUCUGCGGUCCAAGAAUGGCUUCGGCAACAUCGGGAGGCCGUCGGGCACGGGAGGCAAGAAGUCCCGGGGCUCAGGCUUUGCGCCAUCUCCUUCUUUUAUCAACACAUCAACAGAUACGCCAGGCUCCACGCCCAAGCCCCCACGCGCGGAGAAGCGCAAGGAGCCUCACGAGACGCCCAGAGGAACGCCCAGCAAGAAGAACCCCGCCUCUCUCCCGGUGCUGAUGCCAAUGCCGGUUCCGGCACCGGCACCCAUGCCGAACCCUGCGGCGGCGCCUACUCCCGCGCCGUACAUGCGUGCGCGCACCCCUACGCCUAUGCAAAUGCCGCUACCAAUACCUGUGCAGACUUUGAUGUCUACAACCGCCCCCAAGGAUCCAGGCUUCCUGGGCAUGGCCCUGAAUCCAGUCGAGUCUCCCGCGCCUCCUCCGCCUUCCGCGCCUCCCAUGCAUCCUGCACGCCCUCCGCACAUCGUGCCCCCGUCCGAGCCGCGACUGAGCACGGGCGGCGCUCCUUCAGAAGCGGUACAGAGCUACAGGGAAGCCAUCCGACGCACACAGGCCGUCGUGGAAGACUUUGAGCGCCGAAACGAGCAUGCCGCUCCCGCCCUAACAAACAAGAAGCUGCGGCUGGAGAACCCGGUGCCCCUGCAGCUCCCGGCACAGCCGCCCCGGCCGUUCAGCGCGGGCCUGCCGACCACCAUUACGCGCACGAGCCCGGACGACGUGCACCACGACGGCUACACGUCGGUGGACAGCUACAGCGGCGACCUCGUCAUGCAGGUGGACUGGCGCGUCAGCGUGGUCAAGACGUCGGAGCGGUCGUCGGGGGCCGACAUCACGCAGUACUGGCACUGGGUGGACGCGGGCCAGGUCGACGACGGGUCCGAGGGCAACUUCUUCGAGCACCAGGUCCUGAGCGAGGUCAAGCCGCCCGACUGGGGCGUGUACAAGGACCCCAUCAACUUCCACCUGCGCCUGGCCGAGCUCGAGACCGUCAGCUGGGCGCCCCACACGCUCCGCAUCGUCGUCGCCACCGUCCCGGUGCCCGGCAUCGCCCACCGCGGCGACGUGCUGGCCGAGUUCAAGCGCGAGCGCACAAAGCGCCGGCUGCUCAAGUUUAUGAAGAAGAAGGACGUCAAGCUCGUCAAGACGACCGCUGCAUGGAUCAACAGCAUCUGGGAAAGCGUCAAUCCUGUGGUUCUACCUGGCGACGACUCGGACGAGUAGGCCUCGAAACAGCCGCAAAAGAGGAUCGGCGAACGAAGCCGAUGCUCCGCAGCGAACCUCUGUAUCACCAAAGGGUGUAACUCUCAACAGUCAAAGCGAGCUCCUCAUGCCCAUUCGUAUGAAGACCACUCUCUUGCCGCAAACGCGAAUCGGCACUCACUGCCUUUGCGGGAAGAUCUGGCUCCUCGAUGACGACCAGGUAUCUGGAGCCCGCUCCUUGGACGGGUGUUGUUUAUUUGUUUGGAAUUUCACCCCUCCCACUUGUCCCUGAUAUACAACGUGCCAGCUCCCCACAGCCAAACCACUGCACCCUUGAGAACAGAUUUGGGGGUUAUGUCUAUUCGUGCACCUACCCUUACCGGCCUCUCUUCCUCUAUACAUUUAUCCAUACUCCCUCCCCCGUCCCGAUCUCCUCCUGCGUCUUAACGCUCGCCAAUAUGUUGAAUCAGUGGUGUCUAUCAUCAUCUUUCUUGUUUGGGUGGGAACUGGGUCAGUCAUUAGCCACUGGGCAACCGAGCGGAGGGAUCACGGUGCAUAAGAUCUUGGGACAAGACGUGGGUGGGCUUCUUCGAGCGCGAAGAGGAGCAUUUCGUUGCUGUCUGUGAUUUGCAUUUUUAUUUCUUUGCUUGCUUUUAGAUUGUAGAUAUUCUGUCACUCGACCACUAUGCUUAAAUAGCGCAAGCGAAGAGUUUUCUUUUGUCCGAUAUCAUGUAUUCCUCACUAUGUAGAGUCGCAUUUUGACCUCGGUCUGAGGGAGCUGCUUCUUCAAGCACAGGUGUUCUGCACCGUUCGCGUAAUUGAAAGGCUCCCUGGAACGACUCUACCAAGUCGCCUGCUGACCAAAUUGACCGGAACCCCUCGUCUCCUAUCUCUUUGUUAUUAAAACCCGGCGGGGGACAAUGCAAUGUCGACAGAAAAGAAAGGGAAAUACGAAAGGCGUGAUAUAACAGACUAGCUGGCAGUUCAAGGGCCACACAUCGCC